UAGGGCGUGGUUUGGGACUCGGGACAGUGUGACGGCUGCACGGACGCUAUAGAGCCCCGUGAUCUGGCAAAGGCGCAGCGCUUCAUAACACCGAGCUGAGAGAAAGACCGGAGAAAAAGAGGAAAAUGGCGAGCGGGGAGGAGGCCGCGCGUCCGUCUGUCCCGUCCUCCUCCUCCUCGUCCUCGUGCAGUCCGGUAGGGCUCGAGGCGCUGUUCCCGGCCGCGUGCACGGAACGGAGUGACAGCCCCGAGCUCCUGAGGCUCCGGCGGCGGCUGCAGCACUGGCUCGCGCCUCACGAGCGCGCGGUGCUUUACGCGCAGAGACUGCUGGUGUGGGAGAGGCCCGUGCACAGCGCCGUGGCCGCGCUCGCGCUAAACACCGCCUUCUGGUUGUUGUCGUCUACUUCUUUGCGUCCUCUGUUUCUCAUCGGCGUGUCCCUGCUCGUCUUCACCCUGCUGGACAGAUGGAAGGACAAACUGCCUCCGAUCGCUGCGCUCCACGCAGAGACGCCCGGGAUAGAACGAGAGAGCAUGAGCGUCCGGCCGAGGCUGCUGAGCGUGGCCGAGCUGAGCCACCACCUGGCCGAGAGCUACCUGACCUGCAGCCUCUACGUCCAGGAGAUGCUUCAGUACAAACGCCAGAAUCACGGCAAGUUCUGUGUGAUGACGUGCUCAGGAUGCCUGCUGCUGGCCGUGGUCGGACACUACAUACCCGGAAUCAUGAUCUCCUACAUCAUUCUGCUGAGCGUCUUGCUCUGGCCUCUGGUUGUGUACCACGAGCUGAUCCAGAAGAUGUACACGGGAUUGGAGCCGAUCCUGAUGAAGCUGGACUACAGCAUGAAGGGAGACACGCAGCACCGCAAACACGACAAGAGAAAGGUGAAGAAGGAGCAGGAAGAAGGAGAUGAGCCGAGGGCCGAGACGGAGAGUGAGAGCGAGGAGGAGCUCUCCUGCUUUGCCCCCACUGUGGACGUGAAGACCACGGCGUUGGCGAUGGCCAUCACGGACUCCGAGCUCUCCGACGAGGAAGCGUCCAUCCUCGAGAGCGGAGGAUUCUCGGUGUCCAGAGCCACAACGCCACAACUCACAGACGUCUCAGAAGGUACCUAUUUGGACCAGCAGAGCGUGCACAGCGAACCUGAGGAAAGCUUCUCCAAGGAUCUCCCAGAGUUCCCUUCGGUGGAGGAGUUCCCGUCUGUCGAGCCCGGAGUCUUUCGCUUUCCCCUGGGCGCCCACGACGAGUCUCAAAGCCCGGCCAGUUUGCUCAUCCAGCACCUCGCCUCUCCGCUGCACUUCGUCAACUCGCACUUCAACGGACAAGGACGAGGCCGCGGCGGCGCACCGGGCGAGCCGGAGGCGUCUCCUCGCACCCUGGAGGCCCUCAGCGAAGAGAUCGUGAGCACCGCCAUCUCCGCCGUGGUGCAGAACACCCUCUCGGCCCUGCUGAGCUCCUCGGAGGCGGCCGAGGCUCCCGGCGUCGCGGAGUUCCUCCCUUCCGAGACGCCACCGUGUCCCACGGAGUCGGCUCUCGAGGAGGCCAGCGAGGGCGCGACGCUCGUUCCGCCAGAGGACGAGGACUUCGAGCUUCUGGACCAAAGCGAACUGGAGCACGUUGACGACGGGUUAGGGUUUGAUGGACAGGUGAGUCCGACAGACGGCGCGUCUAGCGACCCGGAACCGCAGGAGUCCUAGCUCGUUCCGUAUCCACCGAACUGCCCCGUUUUAUUUAUAGUGUAGAUACGUUCCACACACCGAAGGCUCUCUGUAAUCAGUCGCCAUUGUGUUUAUCGCGCUGCGGUGGAUUUCAGGAGAGACGGGAAGAACGCUGGGCGCCUUCACGUCCAAUACGUGUAAAUAUACGGAUUGACCGCAUCGCGCGUGAGGCUUGGCGCUCCGGUGAAGACGGAAGGGGGGAGGGGGGGGAUCAAUCUUCACAUGUAUCACUUGCGAUCUUGAAGGAAAAAAUCGACCCUGAACAAAUUCUAUCAUUCCGAUUUAUCCUGUUAGUCCGAUUUCUCGCAACUGAAAGUGGGCGGCCAUUUUGAUUUGGCUUCGCCCCACGAACUCUGGGUUGAGGAGACCGUGUCAGGUAUACGAGUAGGACUUUCAAGCAGCUAGAGAGAGAGAGAGAGAGAGAGAGAGAGAGAGAGAGAGAGAUGGAUGCAGCGGCGAUUUAGGCUCCAAACAGAUCAGCUUCCAGAUGUUCAACAUCACGUUGCUAGUCACCUUGUAGAUCGCUGUAGAACUAGCCGAAUUCGAGUCUAGCGUUCACGCCAUAGCCUCCGCUACUUGUACGUCGCGAUUAACUGGAAAUCGCGACACAAGACGCUCUUGCUUACGCAAGGUGGCUGAAUUUACACCUUAAACGAAAUGGCUAAACACUUCAGGGUGGAGUUUUCCUUCAAGACCCAACUCCAAGGCCAGAAUAUCUAUCCAAUAUGAUCUCCUGCUUACUGAAACGAAUCUUUUCUACAUUUCUGCAUGCGGUUUUAACCCCUCCCCCGCCAAGACUUCCUUUAUACUUCAAAGAAAUGCAUUUCCUUUUUUUGCCACUCCCUAAUAAUAAUAAUAAUAAUAAUAAUAAUAACGAUGAUGAAAUCUACAUAAAGAAUUUCACUAAGCAGGAUUUCUGAGCUGAACCCCUGUAGAUUGUUCUGUUCUUCUGUUUCGGGAGGAUCCGCAAACCAUCGCACCGUCGGUCAACUUCAGUGACCUCAAACAUUCAUGAAGAAGGGAGUAACCCUUGUGUGAGCACUUCAUCCUGCUGGGGAAAAAAAAGAAAGAAAUUCAAGAGAUAACGAUGUUUUAUUAGCGUGUAGAUUCACAGAUCCUUAACCGAGAGACCUAAGGACUCAAAGAUUAUACUCAUAACUUUAAAACCAAUAAAAAGAGAGAUGUUUUAUCGUUUAUAGUUCUGUUUAUAUUAAUAUGUGUGUAUAUAUCGUGUACGUCUGUGUCUUCUUGGGGUCGGGGUCUUUUUAUUUAUCCAUAUCGCUCAGUCAUACUGUACAAUGUGAUGUAUGCCUUGCUCAGUUUGCAUUAUUAUUAUUAUUAUUAUUACUAUUAUUAGUAUUAUUAUUAGUAUUGAUUUCCACAGGAUGUUGUGUUCUAUUAAAACCAGUUUGGCAUCUUG